AUGCCAGCCCUGCCAAAGAGGUAUUACUAUAUGUUCUGGUUGGUUGAACCUUUUCUCACCAUCCUCGGAGCGGGAUAUGCCAUCUUUCUCCCUGAGAAAUACGCAUCUUCUCUUUUACCUGAAACAGUAGAACGUUCAACCAUCGGAAUAGGAGCAACAACAAGAGGACAAAUGGUGAUUGGUGCUUUAGGUUCAUGUUUCUUCCUUAUAGCCAUGAUAAGUUUUAGUCUUUUCCCGGUCAUUCAAAGUCUUCCCGAAAGUCCCACCAAGGUUUCUUUGGUCAAAGCUUUGUUGAUACCAUUGGCAAUAGCAGAUUUAUCACAUAUCAUUGUAACUUUACUUCCUUUACCUAUAUCGUUAUUUAAGUCACCCACAAGUUGGACUGGGUUGAUUCAUGGUAAUGUUACCAUCACGAUUAUCCUCUUUCUCGUGAGGUGA